AUGACGGGCAGAGGAGCCGCGCGGCCCAACGGGCAGCCGCAGCCCAGCAAGAUCUGCCAGUUCAAACUGGUGCUGCUGGGCGAGUCGGCCGUGGGCAAGUCCAGCCUGGUGCUGCGCUUCGUCAAGGGCCAGUUCCACGAGUACCAGGAGAGCACCAUCGGCGCCAAGAAGCUGCCAAAGAGCGAGCCGCAGAGCACGAGCGGCGCGGCCGGGCGGCCCCGCGGCGUCGACCUGCACGAGCAGAGCCAGCAGAACAAGAGCCAGUGCUGUAGCAACUAAGGGGCGGCGCGGGAGCCAGAGCGAAGACGUCACCUCCGUCCCCGUCCAGCACCCCUCACCUCCAUAACGGCACCGAGACCCCGUCGGAAGCAGAACCCUCCCGAGAGCUCCGUCUAACUGCACUUUUUAAUGCUUCGAAACCACCACCCGUUACCACCAGCCCGAUGGCAGUGGAACUAGAUCRGCCGGGGACUUAACUUCCAAAAACAAACUCUUCUUCACUUUGUAUUAUAGGUGCAAAUAGCGACCUGAUUCUGAUUCCUCCCUCGCUCUCUCUCCGUGUGCCACCUCUCCGCUUUGGUAAAUCCGUGUCCGCGGGCUCGUGACGUCUCUCCUCUGCCCUCCCUUAGAGCUGGGGCAGGGAGAGACGCGAGGAGGUGGCACCGUCAUCCUUAGCGGGUCACUUUGUGCUGAGCAAGUUGGAACCAGAGACUUCCAGGAACCGUGGGUUUCUUCCGAGGGCUCUGCCAUGGGUUUAUCU